AAUAUUAAAGGUACUCCUUUAAUAUUUUAGUAACUCUGAAAAAAAGCAAAACAACUGAAAAGAAUCAUUGUGUAGGUAGGUACCUAAAAUUAUUUCGAAUUCGACCAUAAUUUACACACAACUUAUUUUUCAGGCAUUUCCAGACACAAUGCCAAGCGUAUGCUGCUGUUAUUAGAAGCAAUGAGCGACCUAUCCAUUUAUGACAUUUACACAUUAGGCAUUCGUGUACCAGUAAAGCUAACGGCGAUCAUGGCUACAUACACGAUAGUCCUCUUGCAAUUUGCAUUAGAGUAGGUCGUGGUAGUGGCAGCCCGUUUUAGUUGUCAUUACCUAGUCUAUGAGUUUUAUUUCCCAAAUAGUUGCAAUCAUGAAAACUGAAUAUCUAUCAUCCGAUAUAUUAGAAGAAGGUCAUCUAAAACUGUUUUUGCCGUUUCGUAUCGCACAAAAGUUGCUGGGAUCUUGCAGAGUGGACGCUAGAGAUAGAUUUGUUACCUCACUGACAAAGGCACAAAAGCUUUACACCAUAUUAUGUGUAUUAAUCUGUACAGCAUUAUAUAUAAGUAUUGCUAUACACUUUUUGCCGAAAUUCUGGUCUUAUCAAAAUUUAUAUUACUUGAUUUUGAAUGCACUUGUAUUGCAUUACACAACGUUUAUCUGCAGUAUUAUACACGUUCGCUUCAUUAACAACGAAGAAAAUGUGCUGUUUUACAUUAAAACCCAUGAAAUUGAUCGUAUGCUCAAAAUUGAUAAUUAUAAAAUAAUAAACAAUUUCAUAUUUUAUACAAACAAAACAACAGUUAUACUGAGUAUAAUAAUUUUAUUGACGCUAUUCGCUAGCACAUUAUUCGAAGAUAUAGUAAUCUUUUCCAGUUUCAUCGGACUUUUUUACAGCGAACUUACGUGUACGUUAGAAUGGUUAUAUUGUUUAAAUCUCUUAAUGUUUUUCUACCUACGUCUGCGUUACAUAAAUGCAAUAAUAACUAAUCACAUAGACGGCACUGGGGAUAUAAAGAUCGAAAAUCUGGACAAAGUAAACUUUCCCAGUAUGAAAGUUUUACGUUUUGUAGCAUCAAGAACACAUGAUUUCGAUUCUAGCGAAACUGACGUUUAUCUGAAACAUAUUUUCGACGAGCUAUUCCGAUUUCAAAACUUGUACAGAUUUCAGAUAUUACUCUUCUGUUUUAAAUUCGUCAUAAGCACAUUACUUUCGUUUGAAUAUGGACUUUUGGCACUGCAAAAUAAUAUCCUGACGUGGUUAGAGUAUACAAUUUUACUAACAAUAACUUCUGUCGACUUGCUCACGAUUAUUAUCAUUUGUGUACGAACUGAAGCGUUUUCGAGGGAAAUUAAAAAGACGAAAUAUUUAUGUACUACUGUCCUAUCUCUAUAUUAUGGCGGGCCCUUAAGACAGAAAGCAAUGAAGAUGCUGAAAAUUAUCAUAGAGAGACCACCCCGAUUUUCGGUGUACGACAUGUGGCAUAUGGACGCUGCCACUAUGAUCAAUAUGAUUAACUUAGUUACAACACUAAUGGUCACGCUAUUACAGUUUGCUUUGCUAUAA